AUGCCGCAGAAGCGCAAGCGGCUCGAUCGAUCAUCAGGCGAAGGAGGCAGACCAUCACCACACAAUCCAAGCGACGCCGCUAUUGCGCUUCACGAACGAGACGACACCAUGAACCACAUGAACCAGGGCCAAGGCCGAGGCCGAGGCCGGGGAGCGCAUCGGGGUGCCAACCAACGGAACCCGUCGCGUGGCCACAACAAUCGUGGUCCUCACAACAACUAUCAGCAGAACCAGCACCAGAAUCAGAAUCAAAAUCAGAAUCAGGGCCAAGGACAGAACCAGAACCAGAAUCAGAGCCAAAACCAAAAUCAAAAUCAAAACCAGCCUCCCGCAUCGCGAAGGCCCAGCUCAUCCUCCUCUCAGCAGGCACCGCAGCCAUCUCCAGCAGCUCCGAGAGCAUCUAACCCCCCUCCAGUGUCCAGACCUCCUCCUCCUCCGCCGCCUGCCUUCUCACGACCUCCGCCUGCCUCACCUCCGCCGACCAACAUCCCUCCGCCUGAACCUACAUCGGAAAGCGGCCCUCCAGCUGGAUCAAAUUAUCACUAUGAUAAUCUCACAGAGGAAAAGAUCCGAUCGUGGACAGAGCGUGGGCGGGAGGAGAUUGUGCAACAUGGCAUACAGUCGCGAGAAGAUGUAGACAUCACGGAGCUAUCCAGCUUGUUCCAAGAAUUUAUUCACGCUGUUGUCGACAAUCGGCUGGAGGCCACUGACGCCGGAAGAUGCGUCAAGGAGAUUCUGGGAGAUGAAACGACAGAUGGUAUUAAGGAUUCCUACGUGGCCCCCCACACACUACUCCUCGACUCGCUGGCCAUUGUUAUGGACAAUGAGCCUGACUUGUAUCGUCCGGCUCUUCGUGAUUUUCUCAUCGCCACCGAAGUCUCUCCCGCGCUUAUGCGACAGGUGCUUGAUGCCCCCUUGCUUCAGCAGCUUGGCCUUAUCAGGGAUACCUUUGCUAGGUUAGGUGUAAGGCAGGCGACAAACCUGCUCUAUCGACAGGCAAAUUACAAUCUCUUACGAGAGGAGACGGAAGGAUACUCGAAGCUCGUCACUGAGCUCUUCACAACUAGCAGCAUACCAUCGCCCUCACCCGAGCUUGCAGAACAAACGUUUGAGAGGGUCAAGGCUUUGAUUGGAACUUUCGACUUGGACGUUGGCCGAGUCCUUGACGUCACUCUCGACGUUGCUGCCGCCGUUCUGAUUAAGCAGUUCAAGUUCUUUGUCAAGUUUCUGCGAAUUAGUUCUUGGUGGCCACGCUCCCACCUUGUACUCAGUUCUAUGGUUUACACCGGCGGCCUACCGACUUGGGCUCAGCCAGAUUAUCCUCACUGGAAUACAACCGAAGAGGAUGAGGAAACUAAUGCACAGCUGAGACUGGCCCGAGAUACUGAAUUCUGGGCUCGAGCACGCGAAGUCCAUUUGGCAGCGUUUUUCGAACUUGGCGGGCGCGGAACAUCCAACUUGGCAUCCUACCGACCCAAGCUCACAAACGGCAACGCCAGUGAAUCGGCGGCCGAUAUUGAGCAGCAAUGGAUGGAACAGACGAUGACCCUCCCACCGCCAGGCAAUAAGGUUGCCGCACAGCUCCUGGGAUUCAAAUUGCUCUUCUAUAACAGCGAGCUAAGGGAUAAGACCGACGUACUCCCUGCCAAUUUACUCUAUUUGGCGGCCCUCCUCAUCAAAGUCGGCUUCAUUUCACUCACCGACCUCUAUCCUCAUCUCUCACCCCCUGACGAAAACAUGGAGCGUGUUCGCGAAGAGCAAACAAAAUUAAUUGAAGAAGAGGAGAAGGCGUCGCGUGGCGGUCCCAUGAAUGCUCUGCUCAUGGCUGGUGUUCUUCCCCAGGGCGACGACGAUAACCCUAUACAAUCUAAUGCACCCAGACGAGAGCCCCUGAAAAAGGCUGAGCCUGAGCAGAAGCAAUCUGCUGCUGACGCCACUGAGGACAAAAAGAAUCUUCCGGAGCCAUUGGAGCAAAAAGUGAGGCUACUUAUCCAACUUUUAACAAUUGGAGCCAUUCCAGAAUCAUUGUUUAUUCUCGGAAAGUUCCCAUGGAUUCCCGAGGUGUUUCCCGAAGUCCUAUCCCGAAUUCACCGCGUGUUACACGUCUCCAUGGAAAAAGUCUUCAACGACAGCCGCCCAAAACCCUUUGGUGGAGCUGACUGUCCAACGAAGGAAAUAUUUUCGGCGGACCAGACCGGUGUUGCAAAGGGGAGUGUUCGGCUCGUCAGACUGCCCGUCAAGAAAAUCUGGCGUUGGCCAUUUCCCGAUAAAUGGGACACAAGCGAGAGUCAAAACUACCGAUUCUACUGGGAUGAAUGGGCCGACAACAUCCCAGUCUGUCAAACUGUGGAUGAUAUCUUCACGCUGUGUAAUACUUUCCUCAACAUAUCUGGUGUCAACAUUGGCAAAGACGAUACUCUACUUUCCAAGUUGGCUAGCAUUGGAGCCAAAAGCUUGACCGAGGAUACCUCCGAGUCCAACUAUGCCCGAUGGCAUGACCUCCUUCGCAGGCUUCUCGUGCCUGCUCUCAGCCAUACCAAGGCCAAUGUCUCCGUCGUAAACGCAGUUUGGGAGCUACUCCGCCGGUACCCGCUGACAACACGAUACUCUAUUUAUGCCGAAUGGUUCGAAGGACAGAUAUCCCGUCUGCCCGCUAUGCGAUUAGCAUUUGCUCGUGCCACUGCAGAGACACGAGGAACCAUGAAACGACUAUCACUCACCAACAUCAGCGAGAUGGCCAAGCAGCUUGCCAAAACAAGCUAUUCUUCUCCUGGAGUCGUCUUUCGAGUUGCGUUUGAGCAGCUCGAGUCGUACCCCAAUCUGAUCGAAGGCUUUGUCGAAUGCGCAAAAUACUUCACCGACCUCUCCUACGAUGUUCUCGUCUGGUCUUUGAUGAACUCGCUUGGCAAAUCUCGAAGCCGCACUCAGGCUGACCAUGCGCUCACGACUAGCAAAUGGCUUCAAGCGCUAUCCAGAUUCUCUGGCAAAAUCUUCAAACGCUAUUCUGCUAUCAAUCCUAUUCCGGUUCUCCAAUACGUCAAUGACCAGCUUCAACGCGGCAAUUCCACCGAUUUGAUCAUUCUGAAAGAAUUUAUCAACUCCAUGGGUGGUAUUGUCGACUCAGUGGACUUUACUGAUGCCCAGAUCCUCUCCAUGGCUGGCGGUGACCGAUUGCGCCGCCAUACGCUGAUUCGAGGCCAGGAUAAACGGUUUGACAGCGUUAGGAGCUCCAAACGACUCAUACAGGCUCUUACUGACUCUAAACUUGCCGCCCGAGUGCUUCUCAACCUUGCACAGUAUCGCCAGUCAGCGAUAUACCAGGUUCCCGAAGACGAGGCACAUAUCAAGUAUUUAUCAGCUCUGGUAGACGAUUCUCAUCAGAUUCUAGUACAGUACCUCGACUUCAUCUGGAGCAACCUUGAGCCGUCAGCUUUUGAUGCUCUGGUUCCCUCCAUAAAUGAGCUCCUUAGUUCCUAUGGUUUGGACACAAGCAUUGCUUUCUUGAUUGGAAGAUCUAGCCUUUCUCACAAACUAUAUCCCUGGGGCCAAAAGGAAGCGGAAAGUUCAAAGGAGAACACACAGCCAGCACAACAGGAAGCUACUGACAAGGAGGGAGAUAUUUCCAUGGGCGAGGAGUCCAAGGACAAAUCGGGUCUGGCCGUUUCCACGAACGAUGAACAGGUGGGAAUUGAUGACCCUUCACCCGGCCUACGUUCCACAGCUGAUACAACAAACAAGCAGAAAUUCGACGAUUUGGCGUUGACGCUCUCGCCUCUGCGGCCUAUUGUGGAGGCUCUCAAAGAGACUGUACGACCAGAGGUUUGGCAAAAGAUUAACCCAGAAGUCUAUGCUGUCUUCUGGGCCCUGCAGCUCGGUGAUUUGUUCUGUCCCGAGGACAUGUACAAGGAAGAAAAGGAUCGGCUCGAGAGCGAAGGCCAAGCCAUCCUGAGGGACCGAUCAGACAUGUCCCGUAGAGGCCAAGAGCGAAAGAAUGAAAAGAGACAGGAACUCUUGAAACAGCAGCUCAGCCUUUCUAUGGAGCUCAAGGAACACCGCCAACGGAAAACCAAGUGGAUGGAAUGCCUGACCGAGCAGUUCCAGUCGAUAUCCCCUGACCCCAAGAUCAAGACCGAUAGCCUUUCUGAUAUUCUUCUGGAGCAAUGUUUCCUUCCUAGGGCCCUGCUCUCCCCCGCGGAUGCUGAGUAUACCUACAAAUUCAUCAUUGCGUUGCACGAACAGAGGGCGCCUAACUUCAAGCUCAUGUCUCUCUACGACCGACUUUUUAACGCAAACAGGCUGCGAUCUCUGAUCUUCACCAGCUCCGUCAGGGAGGCUGAGUACCUCGGGCGAUUCAUAACUUUGAUACUGCGAGAUCUCUCCAGGUGGCAUAAGAAUGAGUCGACCGAGAAGGGUAGGCCAAGCAAAGAUCAGCCUCGCUUGGGUGCAUUUGAUAAAGAGGCCAAGGGGCCUAGUGACCGGCCAUAUCUUGGAUUCGCUGUCAGUCUCAAGGAGGACGGGGAAUCGGACACUUUGAUGGAGCAUGCUCAGUUCAAAGAUCUCCUGUUCCGUUGGCAUAAGAACUUGAAUACAGCGCUCAAAAGUUGUUUGGCCGGGACAGAGUGGAUGCACAUCAGAAACGCUCUUACUGUUCUCAAGGCCGUCUUGGAUUAUUUCCCUGCCAUUGAUUUCAUGGCCACCCAGUUCACACAGCAACUCCAAAAGAUUACCAAACAAGAGGCUGCAUCCAAGACAGCAGCCGAGAACGAGGAGGGCCACCGAGUGGAUCUAUCCGUGGCUGCUCAAGGAGCUAUGUCGGAGCUGCAGAAAAGGAAAUCCAAAUGGGUCAUGGUUCAGGCCUUUCGACCCAAUGCGGGCGGUGCUUCUCAAUCCGAAGCCGACAAGUCAGCUGCAUCCAACCUUCGACCUUCAGCCCCGGACUUUCAGCCACAGCCAACGAGAUCCCCAGCCAACAGACAGGCUACGGCGGAAAGAGAGGACGGAGAGGUUCAAGAUGGGAAACCACAAUCUACUUCUUCCCUGCCAAAGGACUCUCUGCCUGCUAAGCCAUCCGGCCCUAAAAGGGACGUUUCCAUGUCUCGGGAAGACGUGUCCGGACCUCCUCGAUCAGGCACCCCUAUGGGCGGUCAAGGUCCAGGCUCUCUUGGCCCCAGAAAUAAUGAUACUCGCCCUCAUGUGCUGCCUGACAGGCCAGCGCACAACCUUCCUACGAGGCCUGAUGUUCCUAUACCGAGCCACUUCACCCCUGAACGGUAUACUCAGAACCCUCGGCACGAUCGUCGUGAUAUGAGAGACAGAGAUGGCCACAGGCAGCGCGAUGGCCGAGACCCACGAGAGAACUGGGACAAUCGUGAUCCUAGAGAGGGCAGCAAAGAUCACCGUGACGCCAGGGACCCCCGUGAUUCCCGAACCAUGGAAGCGGAUAGGCCAGAUCGGUCUCGUGAAUAUAUGGACCGCCGUGGCAACGAGAUGGCACCUCGAGAUGUUGGCCCGACAGACCUACCACCUCGACCUUCGAGACAACAGGAGCGUGAUUGGCCGAGAGAUUCCUGGGCAAACAGAUCGCAAGAUAGAUUAAAUGACUCAUCUGCUCAGAUCCCCACGGCUCCUUCUGGCCCGGCUGAGCCAUCCGAACCAGCAAUGAAUCCGCAGAGGGCGGCGCUGUUUGCUCAAGAUGACUCAGAUCGAACAAGACGAGGACCAGAGCCGGAUCGUGGAGCGCGAAACCGACGACCAGCGCCGCAAGAUUCGAUGGAGUCCAUCAAUCCCGAACGAGCCGCAUUGAUUGACGAUCGUGAUGACAAUGUUGCACACGGGCGCGUGAGGGACGAUGGACGAGAGAGAGGGCCUAGAACUCAAUCUCCUCGACGUGCUGGUGGACGAUAUGGCCAUGAGCACGGGCCCCCAUCUGGACCAUACGAAGAUAGGCACGCGCAUCCCUUCCAACAAGAUAACCGGUCUACUGGAAGAAAUGCCCGCGAUCGCUCGCCAGCCGGCGGAGAGAACUAUCGCGGCAAUAAGGGGAUGGAGCGUGAUGGAGACAGAGCCCACAUGGAUAAAAUGCGGGAUGCAUCUUCUUCAAGCUUCCACAGAUCAAUGGGACAGGACGUUGACCACCGGCCGCCGCCUUAUCAAGAUCAAAACUAUGGACGGCUCAACCCGGUGCCCCCAAGCACUCCGGAUAUCCCACUGGGCCCGCGGGGACGAGGACGAGGUGCUGCGAGAAACAAUCAACAGGGCGGCCCACCUGUAAUGUCAAAUAGGCCAGACAGCCGAUACGGAGCCCCUGACGCAGGUCGGGCACCUUCUCAAGAAAGGCCGCCAGAAAGGCCGCCCCCUUCAGGCCCUGCAUCCGGGCGAAACCGUCGUGGUGGCUAUGAGCACAGCAACCCCAACAACAAUAAUGGGCCAACAGCUCCCUCAGCAGCUCCGGUCGGACCGCAUCCUGAUAGAAUGAGGAACUUUGGUGGUGCCGCACAGGAGAAUGUACCCCCUGUGCAAGGCGGCAACGCGGCCGCCUCAUCUGGAGUUCACCCUGAUCGACUUGCUCAAAUGGGCGGCCCUGGACCCAACGCUCCGCCUCCACCACCUCCGCCUCCAGGCCCUCCGCCAUACGGGCAUGGAAGCGGACAUGGCCGCCACUCUUCUGGAAAUCCAGAGCGGUCAGGACCCAGAGCCUCUACGGGAUCUCUUCCAAUGGAGCCUGCUGUGCCUACUGGCCCUGCUUCUAGUGGUGACAGGUCUUCAAGAUCAGGCGGUGGAAGAAGACAGUUGGCAGGCAUCAACAAUAUGCUUCAGCAGGCCCAGGCCUCCAUGCCAAACGAAGGACGACCCAGCGGACCUCGCGUUAACCCUCCUCGGCAAAUGCUCGGCCACUCGGACGUUCAAGUUCUGGCUGGAGGAGACGUGAUUCCACCUACACCUGAUCGUCCAGAUGCGCAGCAGUGGCAUGACUCACCAGCCCGAAGCGGUGGCCCGACUGGAGAAGAGGGAUCAGGUCGUGGAGAGCACGAACGAGGCCGACGAGACCGUGGUGAUGGCCGAAACGAUCGCUCCAAGCGGUCAUCUCGUCGAAGCAGCCGAGAGCGCGAGAGGGAAGGCAAAGAGCACAACGAGCACCGAGAGAGGCGGUCUAUGGCGAAUGCCGUUGAGGGCGGGGCUCGAGAAGAUAGAGACGCUCGCAGGUCGACCCGAGACGGCAGCUCGCGGGAUGCAGCAGCAAUGCCGAGUAGCGGCCGAGAGUCGCGACAUAGGGGCGAAGGAGGGCUCGGGAACAGAGGCGGGGACGAAAGGAGUGGCAAUAGAGCAAACCGAGGAAACCCGAGAGACGGAACACAGCGUACGGAUGAGCAGCGGAGGGAGCAUAGGGAUGACCGAGGACGCAAGAGGAGAGGAGAAGAUGCCGAUGGGGCGUUGUUGAGCGACCGCGAAAAGCGAGCACGACGGUAA